AUCUCCUGCGGGGCGGCCCUGCUGGGGUGGGCGAGCUCGGGCGCCGCCGGGUGAUCGGAGGUCAGUGGCCGUGGCCCACAGUCCGGGACGGACGGGGAAGUUGCGGCUUGCUGCCUCCAAACGCCACCGCUCUUGUGCUCAGUUUGGGGCCCACAGCUCCGGUGCUGCACUUGAGAUGGAGUUACUGCCCCUCUGGCUUUGCCUGGGUUUUCACUUCUUGACACUGGAAUGGAGAAAUCGAAGUGGAAUGGCUACAGCAGCUUCCCAAGGGGGCUGCGAGUUGGUUGAUGGAGUAGCCGACUGCCGGGGGCAGAACCUGGAGUCAGUGCCCGGCGACCUCCCGCCCCACUCCCGGACGCUCCUCCUGGACGCCAACCCGCUGAGCACCCUGUGGAACCACUCCCUCCAGCACUACCCUCUCCUGGAGAGCCUCAGCCUGCGCGGCUGCCGGCUGCAGCGCGUCGGCCGCGGCGCCUUCCGAGGCCAGGCCGGGCUGCGCAGCCUGGCGCUGCCCGACAACGCCCUGUCCGAGCGCUACAGGGAGACGGCGGCCGCCUUCCGCGGCCUGCGGGCCCUGCGGCGGCUGGACCUGGCGGGCAACUCCCUGACCGAAGACAUGGCGGCCCUCCUGCUCUGGAACCUGUCUUCGCUGGAGUCUUUGUCGCUGGCGAGGAAUACCAUCAUGAGGCUCGACGACUCGGUCUUCGAGGGCCUGGGGCGCCUGCGGGAGCUGGAUCUGCAGAGGAACUACAUCUUUGAGAUUGAGGGUGGCGCUUUCGAUGGCUUGACGGAGCUGAGACACCUCAACCUGGCCUAUAAUAACCUCCCUUGCAUCGUGGACUUCAGCCUCACCCAGCUGCGCUUCCUCAACGUCAGCUACAACGCGCUGGAGUGGUUCCUGGCGGCCGGGGGAGAGGCGGCCUUCGAGCUGGAGACGCUGGACCUGUCCCACAAUCAGCUGCUGUUUUUCCCGCUCCUGCCCCAGUGCGGCAAGCUGCGCACGCUCCUGCUGCGGGACAACAACAUGGGCUUCUACCGGGACCUGUACAACGCCUCCUCGCUGCGGGAGAUGGAGGUGCAGUUCCUCCUUGUGGACGGCAACGUGACCAACGUCACCACCGUCAGCCUCUGGGAGGAAUUUGCCUCCAGCGACCUGGCGGACCUGCGCUUCCUGGAUAUGAGCCAGAACCAGUUCCAGUACCUGCCCGAAGGCUUCCUGAAGAAAAUGCCCUCCCUCUCCCACCUGAACCUCAACCGGAAUUGCCUGGUGACGCUUCACCUCCGAGAGCACGAGCCCCCGGGGGCGCUCACGGAGCUGGACCUGAGCCAGAACCAGCUGUCCGAGCUGCGCGUGGCCCCGGGCCUCCCGGGCUGCCUCCGGAGCCUCCGCUCGUUCAACCUGAGCUCCAACCAGCUCCUGGGCGUCCCCGCCGGCCUCUUCGCUGAUGCCAGGAACAUCACUACAGUUGACAUGAGCCACAAUCCCAUCUCCCUCUGCCCCCAGCUGGCUGGCUUGGACCGCCUGGGCCCCCCGAGCUGUGUGGAUUUCCGGAACGUGGCCUCGCUGAGGAGCCUGUCCCUGGAGGGCUGCGGCCUGGGGGCCUUACACGACUGCUCGUUCCAGGGGACCGCCCUUACCCACUUAGACCUGUCCGGCAACUGGGGGGUUCUGAACGGGACCGUCGCCCCUCUCCGGGGUACGGCCCGCACCUUACAGGUGCUGUCUCUCAGGAACGUGGGCCUCAGUUCCGGCUUCGCGGAGCUGGACUUCUCUGGGUUUGGGAGUCUGCGAGUGCUCGAUCUGUCAGGGAACUCUCUGACGAGUUUCCCACGGGUCGGCGGCAGCCCGGCCCUGCGGACCCUGGAUCUCCGCAGAAACUCCCUCACAGCCCUGCCCCAGAGGGCUGUGUCCGAGCGGCUCGCCAGAAGUCUGCGGACCAUCUACCUCAGUCAGAACCCUUAUGACUGCUGUGGGGUGGAGGGCUGGGGGUCCCUGCAGCGCCUGCACACCAUCGCGGACUUGGCCAUGGUCACCUGCAACCUCUCCUCCAAGGUCAUUCGCCUGACGGAGCUGCCCGGGGGCGUGCCUCAGGACUGCAAGUGGGAGCGGGUGGACAUGGGCCUGCUGUACCUCGUGCUCAUUCUUCCCAGCUGCCUCACCCUGCUGGUGGCCUGCACCGUCAUCUUCCUCACUUUCAGGAAGCCUCUGCUUCAGGUCAUCAAGAGCCGCUGCCACUGGUCUUCCAUAUACUGACGGGGCAUGGGAGAGCGCUUUCCCUGCCAGACCUCCAGAUCGGCUGCGGAGGACCCAGCUGGUGACUGGAGGUUUAAGUUAAAGUUUAAAAUGUUUCCCUCCCCAGUUGUCCCCAAGCUCUUCCUCCAUCAUUGUGAUCCAUCCUCAUCAUCCCAGUAAAAUAUUUAUUACGUGAUGUUCUGUGACAAUAAACACGUCUCUUAAAUAUUUUUUAAAUCAAA